AACACGUUUGCAAUGAAAGCAAGAUUGCAACUCGUGAAGUAAAAAUAAAUUCCUGAAAAAAUGCGCUAUCGGAAUAAAGCGUUAUACAAUAAGGUAGACGUAAACAGACGUGGCGUGACAAAAAGAACUUCGCCAUACGAGUGGCGGGAUACAGCGAUUUCGACGAAUAUGGCACAAAAUUACUCCGUCAUGCAUGUCAAACUUUGUGCCAAUCUGAAUUUUUGCUUCGACACGCAUUCAAUAUGACGUAUGACUAUUAAUGAUGUAACUAUUAUCUUGUGAGCGUGCAACACAAGGACACGUCAACAUUUUUUACCAAAUCUUAUAAAAGCAGCUUUCAAAUUGCUUAUAUACAAAUUUUGCUUUCGAUUUGGGUUCAAGAUUGGGUAUCGACUGUAAAAUGACUUUAGAAUUCUAUUAUCACCCGCAAAGUCCGUUUUCACAAUCGGUGUGGAUGAUUUUAAAUGAGUUAAAUAUUGAUUACAAGAAGACUUUGAUUGACCUCUUUCGUGAAGAACAAAAAUCUGAAUCUUAUAGAGAUAUUAACCCGUUAAAAAAAGUUCCAGCCAUCGUGGACGGAAACUUGAAGUUGGCAGAAAGUCGUGCUAUCGCACUGUAUCUCUGCAAUAAAUAUGAACCUGUUACCAAAAAGAACAAACUGUAUCCUAUAGAUGAGGAAAGUGUAGCAAAGAUGAAUAUGGCAAUUUUUCGAAAUUGUGACAAUGUUAUCACCGUUUUGAAGUACAUGAAUGGGGAAGCGGUGUAUUUGGGCAAAGCUGCUGGUCCUCUUGCCGAACUUUUUCCGAGGGUGAAAGCUAUUCUGACUGAGAUGAACGAAUCUCUUUCGACGUCGGAAUACUUCUGGGGAGAGCAUUUAACUCUUCUGGAUUUUUUUGCUCUCAACGCUACAUGUAUAUUGUCGAUGGCUGGUUUUGAGGAUUGGCACAAUUACCCAAAUUUGGAAAGGUGGAUGGAUACAAUGGAAAAACUGUCUUAUUAUGAAGAAUGUUACGCAAAACCACUUGAGCUAAAUGUUCAGAUGUUUCGAGGAUUUUGUCAAAAAGCUUCCGCGGCCCUGUCAGAACAAAAUAAUAAAGAGGAUUGAAUUAUGUUUAAUUUUUAAAUGCCAGUUCAUUUAUAGUUUUUUUAUGGCUCCUUUGGUUCGAAAUUUGUUUCUUUUAUUUUUGUGUAGACUACAUUCCUUUAGUAUCAUAUGAGUCCCAACAUAUGUGUAGGCCUACGGCAUUUGGGCUUUGAUCGAACAAUAAAUAAUUGUACAUUAUGAUAUUGGAUUCUGGUAUUUUUGCUACCCGCAAUGACCUUCUAUUGAACUUCUCACCUAACUUUCUAAAUAAACCUCAUAUACACAUA